GGUUUUUCUUUCAUUGCUCUCUGUUUUACGUUACAUAGUUAAAAAUAGGCUGUAGGAACCAGAUAUCAGAAAUAAAUAAUGGCUGAAGUGAAACCUUUGGCUUUUAUUAUCUCCUACAUCUUAUUGUAAAUUUCUAACUUCAGCCUGCUCAUCUCUGGCAUUAUCAGUGCAAGUUUAAAACUUUGUGAAGACAUUACAGACAUGCAGCACAACAGCAGCAGCAGCACUUCUGCAUUGCCCGGUUUGGGACUAUGUGGACUUGGAGUAGACGAAGGUGAAGACCUGUGGAACCGGAGUACCGGGAACCAACGCAACCUCUCUCUUCGCUGCUGGCUUCAGCUGUUGUCCAAAGAAGCAAUGCCUGAGCUGUAUGGCGACACCUCGAGCAUGGCCCUGCGUGUGGUCAUCGCUCUUGUCUACCUGGUGGUAUGUGCUUUGGGGCUGGUGGGGAACUUGCUGGCACUGUAUCUGCUCAAAUCUCGGCACCGGCUCAAGCGAUCGUCUAUAAACUGUUUUGUCAUGAGCUUGGCUAUAACAGAUCUUCAAUUUGUAUUAACACUUCCAUUUUGGGCUGUGGACACUGCCUUGGACUUUCGCUGGCCAUUUGGCAAGGUCAUGUGCAAGAUCAUCAGCUCGGUCACCACCAUGAAUAUGUAUGCCAGCGUCUUCUUCCUGACAGCAAUGAGUGUUGCACGUUACUGUUCUCUGGCCUCAUCCUUACGCAUGCACAGCCCUAAGAUGGCAUCGGCUGAGGUGAAAUGGGCAAGUGUAGCCAUCUGGCUAGUGUCACUGCUGGCAACGCUGCCUCAUGCUGUCUACUCAACAACGGCGCAAGUAUCAGAUGAUGAACUUUGCCUUGUACGCUUCUCUGACCUGGGAAACUGGGAUCCACAGCUUUUGCUGGGUCUCUAUCAGACACAAAAAGUGCUCCUGGGUUUUGUCAUUCCACUGAUUAUUAUCUGCGUUUGCUACCUGCUUCUGCUGCGCUUUGUGCUGCAAAAGCGAGUUAGUGGGAUCCCCGGCUCGGACAGCGAACGCGGGAGGCACAAGCGGCGUUCCAAAGUCACCAGAUCUGUCACCAUUGUGGUCCUGUCCUUCUUCCUUUGCUGGCUGCCCAACCAGGCUCUGACACUAUGGGGUGUCCUAAUCAAGUUUGACUUGGUGCCAUUUAGCAAGGCAUUCUACAACGCCCAAGCCUACGCUUUUCCCAUUACUGUGUGCCUCGCGCACACCAACAGCUGCCUCAAUCCAGUGCUUUACUGCCUCAUCCGACAGGAGUAUCGUGCCAGUCUCAAGAAACUGUUGCUGAGAGCUACACCAUCUUUACGCAACCUGACCAAUAUGCUGCGCAGGAAUAAGAAGGUCGCCGAUGCACCACCAGGCUUGGCUGUUGUACAGAUAGAUGCUGGUCUGUGAUGUAGUCCAUGGAACAUAUGCAUGGGACAUGUGAUUUUCUCAGAUCAUCAUACAAGUUUUGUACUGGCACUCAGCAAGUUAUGAACGAACUAAUACCGGUUAAACAAGAGGAGGUUCGGGACAGUCCAGGAACUGUAUGUAUGAGCUCUCUGGGACUCGUAAAUUAUAGACUCUAAAAUGACCAGCAGGACUUUGUAGCAAUCCUGGGCAUUUUGAACAGGUGGUCUGUCUUUUGAUUCAGGAACUCUGUCUGUUUUGUAUGUCUUUGUGCAAACGUGUCAAGCUUGGUAAAUUUAGCUUUGUUAGAGUAGCUCUGAAAACCCAGAGAUGUCUGUUGUCCUUUUUUGAGUUCAAGCAUCAUAACUGAUUAUCAAACCGUGAAAAGGACAAUGUUGACAAAACCUACGAGAAUUACUGAAGGGAGCAAGGAAAAGCAUACUGAAUUAUACAGUUAUGAAAAACUCAAUACAUGCAAUAACACUUGGCUUCUCCAGCCUUUUUUAUUGUGUGAAUUCUCAGGCUUGUAUAAUUAUAUAACAAUUUUUUAUUCAGGAUGGAGUCAUAUAAUUAUAAUACAAAUAUUUAUAUAAACCUACUUGCAUGUGAUUAAAUAUAACAACAAUUAUGAAACAAAUGCACACUUAUGAUCUAAAUUAUAUACAUAAUAUUGUGUUUGAACUCAGUCAUUUAAUAUAGAUAUACAGUAGUGUGUGUAUGAAAUUAUAUUCAGUGGUUUGUUUUUCAUAAAGGAAAUAAACUUUCGUCCAAAAGGUCUUUGAGCACCUGCA